AUGGCUUCGACUCAUAUCCACCACAAAAAGUUUAUUAAAUCAGACCACCACAUUAAUUACUCGACUUCACCAGACACUUUUUUCAAUGAUUUUGUUGAGUCAAACCCACCUCCACAGGAAGUCGAUUUGGCUAGUCGUGUAAGGCAAAGUACAAUUGGAUUUAUCGAAGUGCUUAAGAAGUGUAAUCCUUCUCUUGAUUUUUCUAAUAUCAUAUCGAAACGUGCGCUGACAUCGCCGAGUACACCAACACAUAAUGACUACCAUGACAAUUCAAAAUAUGACUAUAUUUUAUAUACUGAUGAAGUGAUUGGGACGGGGGUUGAGAGUGUUGUUUCAUACGGAAAACGACCAGGGUCCAGAUAUCGAGUCCUUUGUUUACUUGGCCAAGGUGCAUUUGGUCAGGUGGUGAAAUGUUUCGACGAAGCUAACAAAGUGUUUGUUGCUAUUAAAGUCCUCAAAAACCGUCCAGCUUACUACCGACAAGCUAUGCUUGAAAUUGCAAUUCUUCAGGUUUUGAACGUCAAGUUUGACAAUGAUGGAAAAGGUAACACGCUGCGGAUGGUUGAUCACUUUGUUUUCCAUAACCACAUUUGUAUAGUUACUGAAUUACUUUCAAUUAAUUUAUAUGAAUUGAUGAAACAAAACAAUUGUCGUGCGCUUUACGUGGGUUUGACGCGUUCGAUUUUGCUUCAACUUCUUGAAGCAUUAACAGUGUUAUAUAAAAAUGGGGGAUCCUCUAGAG